CAUAAAAUAAACAUGAAUCAGUUGCAUAAGUACAUCAUAUGAAAGCAUCAUUCAGCGAGUAUUGGAUCUGCCAAUGGAAGUUAGUUCAUCCAUGGUGUUUAUCAUAAUAAGCUUCCUCAUCUCUGCGCUAUUGCUAUGGCUUGCAAGGAAGGGUAAGAGUGUCCAUAAAUUGCCACCUGGGCCAUGGAAACUACCUCUCAUAGGGAACCUGCAUCAACUUGCAGGCUCAUCACUUCCACACCAUGCUCUCAGAAAACUAGCAAACAAACACGGUCCACUCAUGCACCUUCAACUGGGUCAGAUUUCUGCAGUGAUUGUCUCAUCCCCCAACAUGGCCAGAGAAAUCAUGAAGACUCAUGAUAUUGCUUUUGCAGACAGGCCUGAGUUCCUUCCUUCCAAGAUCAUAACCUAUGGAUCAACAGACAUUGCAUUCUCUCCCUAUGGCGAAUACUGGAGACAGAUGAGGAAGAUAUGCACACUUGAGCUUCUAAGUUCUAAGAAGGUUCACUCUUUCUCCUUUAUCCGAGAAGAGGAGGUAGCUAACAUGGUAGAAACAAUUCGCAAAUCCGCAGGUGCAACCAUCAAUCUCAGUAAAAUGAUUAACAAUCUCAUAAGCACUGUGAUUUCUAGAGCUGUUUUUGGCAACAUAUCCGAAGACCAUGAACAGUUUGUGUCCUUUGUGAAGAAGACAAUAGCGUUAUCCGAUGGAUUUGACCUUGCGGAUUUGUUUCCUUCCUUGAAACCUCUGCAUUUCAUCACUGGUUUUGAAGCCAAACUGAAGGAGAUGCAUGUCAAGAUCGACAAGACCUUAGACAAGAUCAUAAAGGAGAAUGAAUCAAGGAAAUUGGAAGGUAUACACCAGCAAGAACAAGAAGUAAAGAAUGAGAAUCUUGUUGAGGUUCUUCUAAGAGUCCAACAUAGUGGCACUCUUGACACCCAAAUUACAAUGAACAAUGUCAAAGCAGUCAUCUGGGACAUAUUUGCUGCUGGAACAGACACUUCAGGAGUAGUGAUAGAGUGGGUUAUGUCGGAAUUGAUGAGAAGCCCCAGAGCUAUGAAGAAGGCACAGGCUGAGAUUCAACAAGCCUUGAUAGAGAAGCAAACAAUCCAGGAGGCAGAUGUUGCAGAGCUUCCCUACUUGAAGGCUGUGAUCAGCGAAACAAUGAGGUUACACCCUCCUCUUCCUCUGUUGCUUCCAAGACAAUCCAGAGAAGAGUGCACCAUCCAUGGAUACCAUAUACCUAUCAAGACUAAAGUCAUGGUAAAUGCAUAUGCGCUCGGAAGAGAUCCCGAUUACUGGUAUGAUUCGGAAACCUUCCUACCAGAAAGGUUCCAGGACACUCCUAUGGAUUUCAAAGGAUCAAACUUCGAGUACAUCCCUUUUGGAGCAGGAAGGAGAGCUUGUCCGGGACUUACCUUUGGUUUAGCCAACGUGGAGUUUGCUCUAGCUAUGCUACUCUACCACUUCAACUGGGAACUCCCUAAAGGAAUUAAGCCAGAGGAUUUGGAUAUGAAUGAAGCACAAGGAGCUGUGGUUGGAAGGAAAAACAACCUCUGCUUGAUUCCCACACCUUACCAUUUUUAGAUUCAUCAUAGUGCCUAAUAAAUAAUAUCAUGUGUGUUCUUCAUUUCCUAUGUAUUGCCAUAUUGGUAUAACAUGAAUCCAACACAAUCAAUUUAGCAAUUUAGCAUAUGCUCUUAGAAAGAUAAAAACAAUUGUAAAAGGCUAAUGUGGCAUUGAUUGUUAAGAAUAAGGAACAAUUACAUUGA